AUGCCGCCUUGGUCGCCCAGCCGCGCCCUCUUGCGCCAGCUCGCUGCCCUUGCCCCCCUCUUUGCCUGGCUCCUCAUCGGCCCAUGCUGCAUCGCCGCGGCAUCGGCCUCCUUUCCCCAGGAUGUCUUUGCACGCCCCGCUUUUCAACUCCAGCUCGGCCCGCUCUAUGACUCCAACAACCUCCCCAUCCGCAACAGCACGGCCAUCACCAUCAUGCAGCAGCAGCAGCAGCAGCGCCACGCUGCAGACCUUGACGAUCGAGCCCACGCCCUCGACACGGACGCCUUCGCCGUAGCAGUCACUGGCGGACAUGCCGCGCACCCCUCGUCGCCACAAGAUCGUGCCGCAACGGCACAGCCACCCCUCACGUGGCUGCUCCACCGAUCCAGCGUCGACACUGCGCACCUUUGCGCCGUCUCAGACUUUACCACGCCACAGCCCUCCGCCCCUUCUUCUGCCCUCGAUGCGCUCGACAACGUGACAUCCUCGCUCCCUCGCCAAGCCCUCGUGGCACGCGCCCUCCACCUCCUCGAGCCCCUCAAACGCAUCUGCCUUUUCCACACCAUUGACUGGUUCACCUACAGCUUCUGCCACGGCAAAGACGUUCGCCAAUUCAGAGCCCUCACACCCGCCUCGGCGGCCGACCGCGCACACAAGGGCGCAGGUGGCGGUGCCGAAGGUAAAAAGGCCGCCGUCAAAGCAGCGGCAGAGGUCGCCAAGCUUCGCACCCCAGUAGCCGACCCUGCUUACGAUGCCUUCACCCUCGGGCGGUGGAAGCCCGAAAACGAUCGUAUCGUCGAUCCCGACAAUCGCAGGUCAGGCAGGGCGCAAGGCACCGCCACGUCCACUCAAGCGGCGUCCAAGACGUCCAAAGGCUCGAUAUCGACCGCCAUCGGCAUCCCCACUGGCACCGGCACCGAGCUCAUCGAGGUGGUCCAAUUUGGCGACUGGGACGAGGAGGAGCUGCAUGCCGAAGAGAUGCAGAUCCAUUCGCGCCUCGCCUCUGCUUCCUCCUCGCCUGCUGCCUCUGCGUCGACCGGCGCCAGCCUCAAUCGCCAGCGCUACAUUACGCAGACGUGGUCCGAUGGCACCCUGUGCAACAUCAACAACCAGCCGCGCUCGAUCGAGAUCCAGUUCCACUGCGGCAACAGCAAAGGGCUCGGUGACCAGAUCGUCGCGGUCAAAGAGACCACCAUCUGCAACUACGUUGUCAUCGUCGAGACAUCACGGCUCUGCAACGAGCCCGCCUUUCGAGGGCCCAGAGAUGACAGCAUGCAUCCGGUCAGGUGUCACAAGAUCGUCCGCGACGAUUGGGCAGGCACAGCUCUCGAAGAUGCUCGAGAUGCAGGCAGGGAAGCUCAGUCAGAUGGCGCCUGGAGCACCCACGGCACUUUGCAGGGCGAGGGUGUGGACAGACGUGGCGGGGCGGCGGCCGAGAGCAGUCAAAGCGCUCCCCAGUCAUCCGGCAGUGCUGCAACUAGCGCCCCUGAUCCUCUGCAUCCAUCGGAGACCACUGUAGACCACAUCGACGAUCCCGGCAGCCACACAUAUGGAGACCUUUCCCAGUACAGCUCCGUGCACGAUGACUUCUACGACGAAGCUCUCGGCGGCGAAGGCUACCUUGAAGAGGAGCUGCUGGACGGAGAGGAGCCAGAGGUGGCCUACCGCGACCGCUACGAUCUGGACGAGUUCGACGGCGGCUAUGCGGACGAGGAAAUGUUUUUCCAGAUUGCCCUGGACGAAGACGGCAAGCUGCUGGUCGACGUGCUGACCGAGGAGGAGGCUGUCGAGGAGCGCGCACGCUCCUACGUCGAUGCCGACGAAGCACUCCGCGACGAGUCUCACGGGGCGGAUGCCGUUCCGGGCGACGAUCACGAGGCUAGCAAGAGCGGUUCCAGGCGCAGCCGACGGAGACGGCCCGACAACGACAUCCAGCUCGAUCUCACGGAUAUCCUGGACGGAUCCGGUGUCUUGAAUGCCGUGGGCAACGACGCCGAGGCCCAACGGCUGAUCGCAAAGACGAUCGAGGACAAGCUCAGCCAGGCGCACAAAAGGAGUGCGCGUCGCCAGCAUGCGGACGAGGCGGCGGGCUCCGCAGAUGGAGGCGCGACAUCGCAGACGACUCUGGUUCCCGGGGAGUCAGCAGAAGCCUUCCAGGACCUCUACCAAGAGCUUCUCGAUGCACUGAGGGACGACCCGCUGAACCGGCCUGAUCAGGCCAAAGGCGGCGAAGACGAGGAUGCGGACGCAGGAGCAUUCGAUGCGGGAUCCACCGGCAGCGAUCCUGUCCAGGAAGCUGCUCGUCGCGCCGGAGCCGCCGGACGGGGCAGAAGCGCCGACGAGGAGACGCAGCAGCCGGUCAACUUCCCGCGCAACGGUCGGAUGAAGAAGGUCGGCGACAGCCUUGGCGAAAGGGCCAAGCGGUUCUACGAGGCCGAACACCGUAAGCGAGAGAAGGCCAAGGAGGGCGCCGUCCCGGCUGCAGGCAAGGUCGAACCCUGA